ACAAAUUCAUACAAUUUUAUUACUGUUUGCUUUUCCUAUUUUGUUUUUCUUUUUUUGCAUGAACUGUUUGCAAACUCUCUAUCUGCAUCCAUUCGCACUAUUCACUUUCAUGCAUUUCCCGAUGUUGAACGCAUUACGAGCGUGUGAAAUGAAUGCGAGCAUUGUGAAUACGAUAAUCCUGCUAAUAUAUUCCCAUUAUAAAAUUAAUUUAAAAAGUAAUUAAUAAUAAUAGUGUUGAGGGUGGUCCUCCUACAAAGCCCACAUUGGCACUCAGACCGAGUCCAUUGUGCCCCAAGUAAUUAAUUAAAAUAAAACAAAAUUAAUACAAAAAACAAUAUAUUUUAUUAAAUAAACUACAACAUAUAAGAUAUAUAAAAUAAAGGAAACAUACAAUUAAAAAAAGCAAACGUAGUUGUAAUAUAAAAAACUAAUUUAUAAUAUUAUUGCUCGCUGAAAUAAACAGUUUUUUUUAAAUCACGUCUUAUUAAAUUUUUUCCUUGUUAACGAUAAUUACUUUACCUUUAUAAAACAGUUUUACGUCAAAAUAACAUUUCAUGAUUAACUUCAUUAAAAUACAUUUAUAAUUUUCUAAUAUACGAGGGUCGUUUAAUAAGUCCUUAGAAAAUCCAAGAGAUAACGCUCUGUUGUGAGCGUUUGCUCGUUCCGGGAAUUCUUUCCCGUUAGUAGUUGGGAUUCGUCCUGCCUGAAGGGUUAGAACCCAAAGGGUGAAGGUUCGGCUCGGUGUCUGAGAGAAAAGAAGACGCUUCGUACUUGCUUGUUCGUUGUCUUUAUUUCUUUCUCUUGCGCUUACAAUCAGCUGAUGGUGACAGGUAUCACUCGCGAUAAAGGUGUAUAGUACGCAACGCGGCUCGGACUUUAGUAAGUUACUCUCCGCUCGGUCACGGCGUGGUCGCGCUUAUAUAUGAUAGUUUCUGGCGCAAUUUUGGGGGCCAGUGACCAGGCGGUGGUAGCUUCCGUGAGGCUAAGCGUUUUGACAUCGGAACACGGUAGCCUCGCGGUUUGAUUUUGCAGCGUAGGGCCUAUUUCUAGGGCGAUACGAACUGCUUCCGAGCGCGCUGUUGUAAUCUCACGGAAGUUACUUGGGACUUCCGUGAGCGCGGCGGAUUCUUGUGCGUCUUUCGAAAGAGGUGCUGUUCUCGAAAGAUGCGUUUCGCAAUUGCGAUAGAUACGGUUGUAAUCGGCUUACAACAGCUCGCAGCAUCGAAAAUGGUUUGUUUUUAGUAAGCAUCAUGAUUCACUAGACAGCUGUCUAAGUCUCAGUUAUUUCCAUCACAUGGUUUUAUUUUUAUUGUCGAUUAAAGCAAGAAACUUGUGUUUAUUUAGAAAAAUGGAAAGAAGUGAGUUUCGAGCGGUGAUUAAACACUUAUAUUUAAAAAGUUUAACACCGAAAGAGAUCAAAGCUGAGUUGGGUGAAGUUCAUGGCACAUCUGCUCCUGUGUUUGCAACUGUUUACAAUUGGGUAAAUGAGUUUAAACGUGGCCGUACAUCCACAAAAGGUGAACGUCGUUCGGGACGACCAGUGGAAGUGACUACUCCUGCAAUAAUUGACAAAAUCCACGAUAUGGUUUUGAGUAAUCGACGAAUCAAAGUGCGCGAAAUAGUUGAGGCCACUGGCAUAUCGCAAGAUACAGUGUUUUCAAUUUUGCACGAAAAAUUGGGUGUGAAAAAAAUUUCGGCAAGAUGGGUGCCGCGUUUGCUCUCAGUGGACGGGUGCACACCUGUGCAGUUUCGAUGGCCAAAAUCAUGAAAUUAAAGUUCGAAUUAUUACAACAUCUACCAUAUUCACCGGAUUUGGCCCCUAGUGACAUUUUUUUAUUUCCAAACUUAAAAAAUGGCUCGACGGACAACGGUUCACGUCGAAGAGGUCAUCGCCCAAACAAAUGCUUAUUUUGAGAACCUUCCGAAAUCUUACUUUUUAAAUGGCUUAGAAAAGUUGGAAAAACGCUUCAAACAGUGUAUAAAGCUAAAAGGAGAUUAUGUUGAAAAAUGAAAAAAAAUUUAACUAAAAUUUGUUUUUCUAUCUUUUUCUGAAGACUUAUUGAACGACCCUCGUAUUUAAAUUUUUAAUAUGCUCGUUAAAAUUUAAAAAUAAAUUAUCAUAAGCGAAUCUUGCUAUCUUUCUUUACUUUUUGUUCAUAAUUAGUUGAUUUGCAACCUUUAAUAAAGCAAUAAACUGUUGUCGUUAAAAUAUGAAAUUAUUUUUAUUUUGAAUAACAAAAAUAAAAAUCUAUACGACAUAUCAUAACAAGAACGAAUUACUUAUUCCGUCUCUUUUCUCAUCUUUUACCAUCGAAAUCUUGCUUAAUGUUUCCCUUUUCUGCCACUUUAACAUUAGGGGCACGUUUCAUCUCCAUCACACAAAAAUCUUUGCUGGGAUAGGCAAUUGGCAGUCCAGACUUUUAUAGUCAAAGGUUCAGUGUGCAGAAGCCAUAACACGUCGCGCCAAGACAUUUGGCAAUCGAUAGCGUCAAUAAAUAUUGUCCUGCCAAUAGUUCUAGUAAUCAAACGCCAAAGAGAUUUUUAUUUUUGCCGCGAUAUACGGUAUACGAGAUGGUCCAAGAAAUCGUUGUUGAAAUUUAGCGAGCGCGAUUUGAUGCGUUGCUGCAACGACAGCAAGCAACAUUUUUAUCCCGCAAUUUCUGACACAUUGCAAGGAAGCGAGUUGCCAGGACAAACUCGUCGCGCGAUUAUCACUUCUCCCGACGAGAGACUGACUUAUUCCACAUCAUUCUGGUAUCAGAAAACGCACGACUCGAAUGAAAUUGCGGCGAGGCUCGACAGUCCGCUAAUGGAUUUAUGCCGUUUCGCCGAGAAUAGGAUGGCAACGAUAAUUACGUAUUUUUGCGAGGAGUCUGCUUCUGUCGGUGAGAACAAAACCGAACUUACCUGACCGGAC